UGACUGAGAGAUUAACAGCCCAACCGAGUUCCCAAAUCACCCAAAAGCCCUAUAUAAACUUUCCUAAUUGUUAGGGUUAGGGUUUUAGAGAAACCAACGUUUUUUUUCUUUGAAUAAAAAAUUAAGAAAUGGCCACAAAGACGGCGGCUUCAACGGGACAGGUGACGGCGAAGAGAAAGCCGGUUUUCGUGAAAGUGGAGGAGUUGAAGCCGGGUACAGGCGGGCACACUUUGAUUGUCAAAGUGGUGGAGACGACCCCAGUGAAUACUUCCCAGAGGCCCAACAGGGCCCGUUCUCUCCUAUCACGGCCCGCCCCUCCGGCUCGUAUCGCUGAGUGCCUUGUCGGGGACGAGACUGGCACCAUCAUCUUCACUGCUCGCAACGAGCAAGUUGACCUUAUGAAGCAUGGUGCAACUGUGAUUUUGCGUAAUGCCAAGAUUGUUAUGUUCAAGCGAACGACAAUGCGGCUAGCAGUUGACAAGUGGGGACGUAUCGAGGUCACUGAACCUUCUAAGUUUGAGGUUAAAGAAGAUAACAAUCUUUCUUUGGUUGAAUAUGAGCUUGUUACAGUUCCUGAUCAGGGUCUGAAUUAGGGCUUUGAGUGAUUGUAAUAAAUAUAUAUUCAAGCAAGUGAAUAUUUAAGAGUAACCGUAGGGCUUGAUUUUUGAUUUUGUGAUUGAGAUGCACGCUUCAUUUGUAUGGGACACAUUUCUUUGUCAAGUGUUUUUCGUUUUUCUUUGGCACUUUACAAACUGUGAUGAUCAGCUUAAAUUUGGAGAAGUGGAUAGUAACAAAUACUACUAUUAUUAUUUA